AUUCAUGUUAUGUCCAAUAAAGUAAUUAUUAUUCCCUAUAAAUAAAACCCAAAGCGUGAAGAAAGAAAAAGCAGAGAGUGUGAAAAAUGGGGGAGGAAAUGAGCAACAAGCAGAUCAUACUAAAAGACUACGUGAAGGGUUCUCCUAAAGAAUCCGACAUGAUUUUGAAAACCUCGACAGUUGAACUAAAGGUUCCCGACGGCUGCGACGGCGCCGUUUUGGUGAAGAAUCUCUACUUAUCUUGCGACCCUUUCGUGGUAGUUCGUAUGAUGAAGAUGGAGGACUCCUACUUUGACUCUUAUACCCCCGGCCAGGUUAUUAUGGGAUAUGGAGUUGCCAAAAUUUUGGAUUCUUCAAAUCCAGAUUUUAAAAAGGGUGAUUUGAUUUGGGGAAUAACCGGCUUCGAGCUGUACUCCCUCAUCAAAUCUACUCAAAGUCUAUUCAAAAUUACUUGUACGGAUGUGCCCCUCUCUUUCUACACUGGAAUUCUUGGUAUGACUGGUAUGACUGCAUAUGCUGGGUUUUAUGAGAUUUGCUGUCCGAAAAAGGGCGAAAGCGUCUUUGUAUCUGCUGCUUUAGGAGCCGUUGGUCAGCUCGCUGGCCAAUUUGCUAAGCUUUUUGGGUGUUAUGUCGUUGGAAGCGCCGGAACCCAAGAUAAGGUGGAUCUUUUAAAGACCAAAUUUGGGUUUGACGAUGCGUUCAACUACAAAGAAGAAGCUGAUUUAAAUGCAGCCUUAAAGAGGUACUUCCCCGAUGGGAUCGACAUAUACUUCGACAACGUGGGAGGGAAGAUGCUGGAGGCGGCGCUCCCCAACAUGCGAGCCCACGGCCGAAUUGCUGCUAAUGGGAUGAUAUCGCAGUACCUUCUUGAGGAGGAAGAAAAAAUUGGGAACUUGCUAUGCUUGGUCAAAAAGCAAAUCCGCAUGGAAGCAUUCAUCGUCUUCGACUACUACCACCUCUAUCCCAAGUAUUUGGAGAUGGUUUUACCGCUGAUUAAGCAAGAAAAAUUGGUUUAUGUUGAAGAUAUUGUUGAAGGAAUUGAAGCUGCACCAGCUGCUGUAGUUGGCCUCUUUUCCGGCCGAAAUGUAGGUAAGCAGGUUGUGCUUGUGGCGCCUACCUGAUCAACAUUUAUUUUAAUUUAGGGGUAAUUGUGUCUAAUUAUGCAAACUU